UUGCUUUCUCUGUUCACCCCUUCGCCGGGAAAGCCGAGCACAUGGUUUUGAAUGUUAGCCCACUGCGAUAAAGCACCCCUGCUUCUCACAGCUCGCGCCUGUGUGCUCUCAUUACCAUCCGGUGAAUUUUAGAACGAACAGGAACAUAAAGAGCAAGAAAAACAGCGCUCAAACUCACAUACUGAAGGCUGAUGAAACGGCUGUCAGAAUGUACUGAAACCUCAGGACAAUCAGAUAACCUAUAAAAACCAGUUGCCUUUUUGACGUGUGGACCUCAGUGCCUUCAUCAUGUCACUGCUCACACACGUGUUGGCCUGCCUUUUUGGCAUCGGAUCAUGGGUGGCCAUUAAUGGGAUGUGGGUGGAGCUACCUCUGAUCGUCCCCUCCAUUCCUGAGGGUUGGUUCCUUCCCUCCUACCUCACAAUCAUUAUCCAGAUGGCUAACAUCGGGCCUCUCUUCAUCACGCUAAUGCACCGCUUCAGACCGGGCGUGCUGGACGAGCGGCCGGUUAUCUACACAAUCGUAAUGGUUGGUGUGGUGGCCACCUUCCUCAUGGCGUUCCUCUGGAACCUCAGACUUACUAUUGGAGGAGGCGAACACAGUGCUGCCUUACUGUCCCUCAGCUUCCUGCUGUCUGUGGUGGACUGCACCUCAUCCGUCACCUUUCUACCCUUCAUGAUGCGUCUGCAGCCUCGGUAUCUCACCACCUACUUCAUUGGAGAGGGUCUAAGUGGCCUGGUCCCAGCACUGGUAGCUCUUAUCCAAGGUGUAGGGGUGGUCCACUGCAAAAAUGCAAGUGUAAAUGCGAACUUUAGCAUGGGGAACUCAUCCUGGGGCUUCGAUGGAGAACUGCAGGCACACUACCAACCGGCCAACUUCUCCGCACAGGGUUUCUUCCUGUUCCUCAGUGCGAUGAUGAUGGUGUGUCUGGGUGCUUUCUUGUUACUCAACUUCCACCCAGCAGUGGCAAGGGAACACAAGAGCAAAGGUUAUAUUGAUGAUUCUCGGCGGGUGGAGAAGAUUGAUAUGAGCCAAGCCCCAAAUAAUGAAACUCCAGAACAAAGGCCCAUGUUGGAUUUCCCAGAAAGCCCUGUGAUAAAACAACACAGUUCAUUUGGGAAAGGAACCUACAGCAGAACUGAGCUGGCCUUCAUAUUUGUAGUUCUGGCCUGGGUAAAUGCACUGACCAAUGCAGUCCUGCCCUCGGUCCAGGCUUACUCCUGUUUGCCGUAUGGAAAUCAGGCCUAUCAUCUUGCAGCCACAUUGUCUUCAGUAGCCAAUCCAGUGGCUUGUUUCAUUGCCAUGUUUGUGCCAAUAAGGUCUCUGGUGCUGAUGGGGGUUCUGACAGUGACCGGCACAGGGUUUGGAGCAUAUAUAAUGGCCAUGGCAGCACUAAGCCCUUGCCCUCUGCUGAUCAAUCAUGACCUAGGACCAGCACUCAUCGUCAUAACCUGGGUCAUAUUUGUCCUGACUUUGUCCUAUGUGAAGGUGAUUAUUGGAGUGAUCCUGCGAGAUGAAGGCCACAGCGCUCUCGUGUGGUGUGGAGCUGUGGUGCAGCUGGGCUCUAUGUUAGGUGCCCUGUCUAUGUUCCCUUUGGUUAGUGUUUAUAGACUUUUCCAGUCAGGAGAUCCCUGUAAUACCAAGUGCCAUAAAUAAAAGCGAUCAUUAUUCAGAGCAAAACACUAAUAUGUUAGCAAACAAGGCUGAAUAAUACACAGAGGUAAGACCAAGCACAUUUUUCCGUUAUAAAUAUAUAUUUUUCCCCCCACAUUUACAUACAACCCAAAUCUCAGCUACUGUAUUGUUCCAACAAAUAUUUUGUCAUAUAGUUCUUAGUACUGUUACAUCAUGACAAAACUAGCAUUAUAACCUUCUGUAAAAUCUGGCACUGCCUUAUAGUUACAGUGUAACUUGUCAAUUAUGACAUUUUUGUUAUAGUUCAAUGUUUAUACUUAAUAUGUAGUGUUUUUGUUAUCGUACUGAACUGUUGCUAAAGCAUGAGGUCAUGUUUUUUAAAAGAAUUUGAAAAUAUUUAUGCUUUUAUAUAAGCCUUGCCAAUCCUAUUCCUGUUCCUUUGAUUUGGUAAAAAAUAAAUAUUUGUUCUCUAAGAAUAAAG